AUGAGUGGCGACGCAGCUUCAAUAUCUUGCCCCAUUUGUUUACAUACUGGUGCUUUUAAUACAGUGAAAUCGCUUAAAGACAGAUUAAUUUUUGUAUCCACAAAUAAUAUAGUGUGCCCCGUUUGCCAAGAAGAAGUGAAUGGGCUAGAUAAAUUGACAAUACAUCUAUUUAGUCAUGUGAAUAUACUACAGAGUAUUAAUGAUAACCUGCGACGAAAACCUGAACUCAAACCUACAACGAGUUCGGAAAAGCAAACUUCAAUAGAUAAACAGAAGAAAUGUAGACCGCAUGCGCCUAAAAAUAAAUCAUGCUCUACAUCAACGUCCGCACCUGUAAAGUUUAUUAAGAUAUAUCCUAAACUGCCAGUUGUUGCCCUUAAUGCAAUGCCAGUUAUUAAUAGUAAUAUCACCAACAACUCGUUAAUUAUAACUGCAGCGUUAAAACCAGAUAAUACUGUGAUGGCUGAAAAUAAAUGCAACCUUUGCGGAGUGCAGUUUAUAAACUCGGAUAUUUUAAAAAUGCAUAAUAGUAUAAUACAUAAUGUAGAAGAUCAAUGUUCUCCGCCUACAAAAUAUAGUUGUCACCUUUGUUCAAAAAGCUUUAAAAUGCGCGGUUCGCUGAUGGUUCAUUUGAGAGUUGCCCACUACGGGUUUAUGCAUAAAAAUGAAAUCGAAAGAAAUGAGCAGGCAGGUAGCGAAAAAGUAACAGAAAGCAACGAAGAUGAAAAACCAAUGAGUUACGUUAGAAACGAUGGUAAACAAUGGCAGUGUGAUGUCUGUAAUAAGUUUUUCACGACAAAAUACUUUUUGAAGAAACAUAAGCGACUUCAUACAGGUGAAACUCCUUAUGCUUGUACGCAGUGUAAUAAGACAUUUACGUUUCAACAGUCUUAUCAUAAACAUAUACUUUAUCAUAAUGAUGACAAGCCUCAUACAUGUAAUUUUUGCGGUCGAGCAUUCAAGGAGUUAUCUACUCUUCACAAUCAUCAGCGCAUCCAUACUGGCGAAAAACCAUUUGCUUGCGAAACUUGUGGUAAAUGUUUUAGGCAAAGAGUGUCGUAUUUAGUACAUAGAAGGAUACACACCGGCGCCAUGCCAUAUAAAUGUACAGCAUGUGAAAAAAAUUUUAGAUACAAGGUUUCCCAGCGAACUCAUAAAUGUCAAUCACAACCACCCGGGACGGUUGUUAGAAAAUCUGGAGAUUUAGUAGAAAAGUUAAAAAAGAAAACAAAGGCUGUUCCAAAUUCAAUUUCUAACUCUCAAGACGAAGGACAAAAUAAAUUGUUCUAUGCAGAAAUAUCUGAAGCUAAUGCUGAACUGGUGCGGACUGGUGCACAAUUAUCGUUAGAAGAUAUGGAAUCAGAAAAUUUCAAUCUAAUAUCGGAUUCUGUUUCGAAAGAUCUUCAGGAAUCGAAUAUGAAGUUGAAUGAAAUUCCAGUCCAAGACAAUGGUUCUACUAGCUCCAACAUAGAAGAACUUAUUGAUUUACUUCCAGUAGAUGAUAAAAAUAUACCAUCGCCAUCGGAUAUUUUUAAAAACCUAUGUCUAACAAAUGACGAUGAUUAUUUAAGUAUUCUUGAUUAA